GAACGGACACAACCAAACUGCCAAUCAGCCAGUGCCGAAUAGAUUUGUUUACGUUACAGUCAUAUCAUACGCUUAGUCUGGUGGUACGUGUCGAAAGAUAAAGUUGUUAUACAUAAUAUUAUCGUAUCAGUAUUCAAUAUAAAGUUACAAGGAAUCUUCAUCUGGAACAAUGCGUGUGGAUCUGGGUGUUGUUGUGCUUUUAGCAGCCUGUUCUGUUGUUUACUCUGGUGAAGAAGAAAAGAAGAAAGAAAAAGUUAAGAAGUUGCAAAUUGGUGUGAAAAAGCGUGUCGAUAACUGCACCUUAAAAAGUCGUCGGGGUGACUUGCUACACAUGCAUUAUGCGGGUAAAUUAGAAGAUGGUACAGAGUUUGAUAGCAGUUACCCACGUGGACAACCUCUUACCUUCACCUUGGGAUCUGGGCAAGUUAUUAAAGGAUGGGACCAAGGCCUUAUUGGGUAA